AUGAAGAAUGUUUCUGUACGACUAUGGAUAGAGUAUCCAAAUCGAUAUUCUGGAGAUUCAGAUGAUGGCUCAACUGUUUCAUUGAAGUUAACCCAAAGCAUUGCCAACAGUGCCUAUAUCAUCAUCUGCAUCUUUGGCUUCCUGGGGAAUGGAAUGGUCAUCCGGCUUCUGGGCUUCCACAUUAAGAGGAAUCCUUUCACCACCUACAUCCUGAACCUCUCCAUCGCUGACUUUGGUGUCCUUGCGGCUCUCCUGACUAUUAUUUUACCUGUUGUAACUCUCUAUGAGAAAUCUCAUAUUGCUGUUUUGAUUAGAAAAGUAUUAUAUGAACUAUUUUUCUUCACGUAUUCUGCGGGCCAGUUUCUACUGACAGCCAUCAGCAUCGACAGGUCUGUGGCUGUCCUCUUCCCACUUUGGCAUCGAUGCCACCGACCACCACGUUUAUCCACCAUUAUCUGUGCCCUGAUUUGGACCCUCUCUUUCCUGCUCUCAGGCAUUCACCUUACUCUCCUUCUGACUCAGAGCUUUCCAAACUCUAGCCUAGUGUACCAGCUUAUUGUAAAUGCCCUCAUUUGCACUCCUCUGAUGGUCACCUCCACUCUGAUACUGGCCCUCAAAGUCUGCUGCAAAUCACAGCAGAAGCAGCGUGGGAAGCUGCUCACCACCAUUUUGCUUGCACUUCUUUUCUUCCUCAUCUUUGCUUUCCCACUAAAUGCCAUUUACACUGCUAUCUAUUUUAAUGAGAACAAUAUGAUUCUAAUGGAAGUUGGCUUUGUGUGUGCCUCUCUGAAUAGUAGUGUCAACCCGCUGAUCUAUUUUUUAAUUGGGAGGAGACAGAAGAAGGGCCAGUCCCGGGUCUCCAUGAAAGCUGCACUCCAGAGGAUUUUCAAGGAUGAAGAGGACUGCGUGCAAGAGUCAGAGUCCAGAACUGAAAACUCAGUUUUGGAAGAGUCAAAGUCUGGAACUGAAAACUCAGUUACAAUGGCUCCCUUGGAGGCUUAAGACAAGAAUUGCCAACUUCUGUA